AUGGAGCACCCCGCUCGCUCGUUCAACGCCCUUCCCAGGCCCAAUACCACCCCGACUGGCUUGCCCAACCGCUGGGUCUUCGGCAUCCGCCACGUCCCACUCAAUCCGCCUGGAGAUCUUGUCGUGGCGGUUCAUCCCCCGAGCCGCUACAUCGUCCAAGGCGGUCCAGGACAAAUCUUGUCGCUGCCUAGCGCCUCUGCCAAGGCAAAAGCUCUGGUGCCGCUACUUCUCGACGCUUUCAUCCACGGUCACAAAAGCCCGGGGGGAGCACAGACCGAUGAUCCUCAGCCGUUUGCUCCCUGGGCGUGGAGUGUUGACGAUCCGGAGCUGGCGGCUGCGAUCGAGGACGAACUGAGGCUUCUUGGUGUCAACGAUGCCCUCCACAGUGUUGAAGGGUGUUCUGUCGAGGAAAAGAAGAUUUUGGAUGAGACCUGGCUCAAGUUUCUCGACAAGUUGGUCGGCAUGUUUCCUGCCACCUCUUCGCCAUUGACUGUCCCACCGGGCGACGACUCGAAAUGCCACGGCUGUGGAUUGGACCGCGGAGACUUCCCGGCGCCCCUGAAGAUGUGCUCGGCGUGCAAACAGGCAUGGUAUCAUUCGCAGGACUGCCAGCGCCAGCACUGGAAACAGCACAAGAAGACCUGUCUCGCCAACCGCUCGGGCCCCAGCGCUUCUCCGCAUUCAACCGCCGGCGCUGCUGGGUCUGCUGGUACCAAAUCGGAUGCCUACACGUACUACAACCAGUUCGCACGCAGCUCCCCCGACGCUCAGUCGUUGCUGCGGUCUCUACAUCUUGACCCAGCCUCGGCCGAGGGUACGGCCAAGCCACUCCGACACCUUGUUAUCACUGGCCUGGACAGUCCGGAAAACAUGAAGCGACUCUUUGGGCCGAACGCGCUUGACAUUAUGAAAGAAGACCACGAGAGUGCCCGCCUCGAAGUCUUCUUGGACCCUCCCCGCGGCUCUCCGAGCUACAAAAUGAGCUCAUACGACGACUGCUCCGCCCUUCAUCGAUCGAUGCGGCCGCCCACCGAGGUCGAGCAGCAGAAACUGCAAGAAUUGCGGGACAUGCAGCAACUCAUCCGACAGAAGGUGGGGGUGGGAAAGUCGCCCUCCAAGGGUGACAUGCAGAGUAUCUUGACGUCUUUUGGACCGAACUGGCCCACCAAACUGCAACUCUACAUGCUCGCAGUCAACACCAUGGACCAAGGUGUCAACUAA